CGCCGCUUUUAGGCCCACCCUCUGGAGCCUCCUGGACACACCAGAGGGUCACCUCUCCCAGUCGGUGAAGGAGCAUCACCUGUGACCCCAUCAUACAUUUUUCUGGAUCAAUAUAUCAGCUUUCCUUCCUUCCUGGCCCCUUACUCCCUUUCUCCUCCUCCUCCUCCUAUUUCUCAGAGCACACUUCAGAAAUAAUUUGGUUUUGAUUGUGGAUAUUUACCUGCAGCCAACCCACACUGAUCUCACUUAGGAAGCAGUGAACCCUCAUCUUUGUCUACAAGAUACAUAAUGUUUGGAACACAUUUGGAUGCGCGAGUUGUCACCCCGAGAUGCUGCAGGACCAAGACAAGGCAGGAUUGCAGGACUUGGAUCAGAGGCUCCGAGCAAACUUUGCAGCUCGACUUCAUUGCCAACCGAAGCACUGAGUUUUCAGAGUGAUUUCUCCUUGACUUCCAAGACCGCUUUGGUCAAGAGUGUUUCGGACACAGAUGCCAAACUUCUGGUCGUUCUCCCCAAGGUUUCAGAGCUGAAGAAGUACUUUGAGGGAGAUUCCCCAGAAGAUUUAGAAAUGAACAGGAAGGAGAGGAUCGCACGGCGCCUAGAGGGCAUCAAAGGGGACCCUCCACUGGCUCUGGCGCCUGGAGGCUUGGUUGCCAACAGGAUGCUGGAGGACGACCCCCCAAGGUACACCAGGGCUUCGGACCCUUGUGAGCCAUGUGUGACGGUGAGGCGCUUCAGUCAAGAGGAGCUUGAUGCUCCCCAAAAGCAGGUGAUAUCACCACAGAGGCAGACCAAAGGGGGCCGCCCGGUUACGCUGUCCCAAUCGUCUACACCCCCAUCAUCCCCCUCUGACCCAAACAGCCUGAGCUCCAAGGCAGAGCGCAUCGCUCGCUACAAAGCAGAGCGCCGCCGGCAGCUAUCGGAGCGAUACGGCAUCCUGCUGGACCAGGAGGUAGACAUUGAUUACGUGCCACACUACCGCUCCAGACUUGAUGCCUCUGACAGACAAAUGUCCGGGAGGCGGGACGGACCAGAAGUGGAGGUGACAGAACAGGGUGAAACCCGGGUGCCGUACCGCUCUGGUGUGGGCACAGUUUACAUGAGGACUCACCCGAAUGCUGUACCCGACGACACACUCAUCCCAACCAGCAAAGCUGCUUCCCAAGGGGGCAGAAUCUCAGAGCGGGAACAAGUGAUGAACAUGGAGAACUACCGGAGAGGCGGCGCUCAGGAUCAACCUUCUCGAACGAGGGCCGAGGAUCAGCAUCAUGUGCCUCGUCCUCAACAGCAGCAAUUUCCACCUCACCACUACCAGCACCACGCAGAUGCAACCCACAGUGAGCCAAGCCCCGCCCCCAACGGGAACUACAGCGUGGCAGCGGUGCCCGGCUCACCUCGCACUGCCCGCCGGGCCUCACUGCCGCCUGCCCGCCACGGCAUCUCACCUGGGGAUUUGUUCAUCGAGCAGCAGGCGCAGAGCAUCCUCAACAGGCAGGGAAUCCGAGUAAGAGAUCAUUUAUCCAGCGAUGAAAGGAUGCAGAGGCCUCCUGAGUGGAGCGCAGACAGACCUCACAGACAUCGUACUCAAGAGAUCCUGCUUCCGCACUGCCCAGAACCCGACCAACAAAGGACUAUUUCUCAGCCUCUGUACAGAUCUAAUAGAGAGUACCAACACCCUCAUCCUGCCCAAGAGUAUCAGCACCCUCACCCUGCCUCUGAACACCAGAACCAGCUGGUCAUGCCUGGUCCCCCAGAGUUACAACAUCGAAGGAGAGUAACCGCCGACCAGAUCUAUGCCGCCCACAGGGAGGCCAGGUUGGAGGCUCGCAAAGCCUUGAAAGAAGAAGUCCAAACAGAAGGUCUACUGAAAAGCAGGAAAGCCGUGUUACCCUCAGAAAUCCGUCGCAGGGAGAAGACUAUUGACGAACCUCACAGGGUUCAAAAUGAACAUAUUGAAUGGCAAAACUACAGCCCAGAACAGAGAGGAGCGAGUCGCAGUGAGGAAAACUGGGACGUGCUACGAGAGUCAGGUUGCGAGCGGAGUAUUGAGAAAAUCAGAGAGAGAGGGAGGCAUCGUCAUUCAGGCCACGAGACUCAUGAGGACAGUGUGUUGAGAUGUUCAGAAGCUGCUAGCCAUCCAGAGUCACCAGUACAGCAUCUUCAGGUGGACACCAGAACUAGACAGCGAGAUCCUCAAAUUAUACAACAAGAUUUUCAGAGACAGCACCAGCCUGAUCCUUUAAGGCUGUCUCAGGAGCCAAAACAGGAACAGGAUGAGAUCGAAAGACAAAAACAUGUUUUGAGAGAGAAGAUUCAAAGGCAUCAGGAUCAGUCAGGCCGGUCAAGAAGUGACUCUGCGCAACAGGAUCAGUCAGGCUGGUCAAGAAGCGACUCUGCGCAACAGGAUCAGUCAGGCCGGUCAAGAAGUGACUCUGCGCAACAGGAUCAGUCAGGCCGGUCAAGAAGUGACUCUGCGCAACAGGAUCAGUCAGGCCGGUCAAAAAGUGACUCUGCGCAACAGGAUCAGUCAGGCCGGUCAAAAAGCGACUCUGCGCAACAGGAUCAGUCAGGCCGGUCAAAAAGCGACUCUGCUGUUUACCUCCAGAAGGGUUCAUCUCUACCUCAGGCUAAACACAAAAUUUCUGAGGCGAGCGGAGGACCCAAACCUAAGACCAGAACACGCUCCAUGUCAGACAUCGGCAUAAGUCAGCAUUCCGUCAUGUUCCACAUGGAGAGGGCUGCCGCCACCCGAGAGACUUCCAGGGCCGUCCUAGAGUCAGGGGCAGCAAAUGGCGAGAUGGGCACCCUGGACACCCGGGUGUCGGUGGCCCAGCUGAGACACUCAUACCUUGAAAAUGCCAACAGAAAGCCUGAGCUUGAGAGCAGCCAGUCAGCAAUGGAGGUGGAUGCUACCAUCAACACCGACGGGGACCAAGACCGGGAGCGGGGGGUUCGGAGGCCCCGACGUUACAUCACCCCGGGUGACGGACGUAUGUCGGAGAGGUGUCGGACUCAACCCAUCACCUCUGCGGAACGUCUGGAGACUGACAGAUCUCAUCUCAGUCCAGCAUUGCUACACGAUGCUGAAGUGGAUGAAGAAAAACUGGAUGAGAGAGCCAAGAUGAGCGUGGCCGCCAAGAGGUCCCUUUUUAGGGAGUUGGAGAAGACGUCGGAUGGAGGCGUUCCGAAGCCACGCUCCCGUAACGCCGCCGUGGAACGCCGUCUGAGGCGCAUUCAGGACCGCUCACACACUCAGCCUGUCACCUGCAAUGAGGUGGUCAGUGCUUCCAGUGCUCCAACUACACCAUCACAUGUUGUGGAAGAACACACCGCCGCCGCCAGCAGUUCAAGUCUUGUCAGCACCACAGUGACCACUAUCAGCAUCCAGACUUCCAGCCAAGCAGUCCAGGAGCCCCAGGAUGAGACCCCUAAAGAGGAGACUAUGGGGGAGGACCUGCAGGAGGACGACCUGUCCACCCUCAGCCUGGCAGAGAAGAUGGCCCUCUUCGACAGGCUCGCCCACCCCAAGGACAAAGCGGCCCAGGUGACCCGAGGAGGGGACUCCCGGCAGCGGCGUGCUCGCGCCCGCUUUCAGACGCAGCCCAUCACUCAGGGGGAGGUGGAGCAGGUGACCGAGCCUCCAGUCAGCCAGUCUGAGUCCAAACCCGAAGAACAUCUGAAACACAGCAGCCAAAUCAAACUGGAGCCCCUCCCCGCCUCCGUGGUCCGCUCCGUGGCAGCCGCCACCUCCAGAGCCUCUGUUACCACGGUUACCAUGACGCCCGGAGGUAGCAGCAGUAGCACCGUGGUGGAAGGAGGGGGGUGCGCCGCCACCGCCAUCCCUCACGCUCGCGCCCAACAGUCUCCCGGCGCUGCAAACAUCCACCAGGAGAGGGCGCUGAAGUAUUUCUCCAUGACCCAGACGGGGGAUCCCGGCCAACCUGAGCUGGAAGCAGACUCCUCCCCUCUCCUCCCAAAAAGCUCAGAGGGGCUGGGGGCUCUCCCCGCACGCAGACAUCCGGGGGAGGCAGCACAGGAUGAUAGGUGGGGAGGCGCAGACCACGGCAAGCAGGACCGGCCUUCCCCAGACCAGGACAACAGAGACAGGAAGCAGGACACUUGGGAGCAUCCUCGGCCUGGACUCUCGGCAGCUGAGCCGGAGCCGCAUCCCGGCCCAGGAGCCCAGGAGGCUGGAGAGGAGGGAGGUGACGGCAGCACCCGGAUCCAAGCAGGACUCUCAGACCUGCAAGACGGCGCGGCAUCUCUAACACCUGCCAUCACCAAAGAGUCCUGCAGGGCAAAGUCUCAGGUGUCAAGCAUCCAGCAGACACACCCUGUCCUCCAGCAUCCCCCAACUCCUCUCAAACCCUUCCUGCCCCAGACCCCCCCUGAGCUUCCAAAGCCCCAGUUGUACGUCCAGCCCCUCCAGGCCCUGCCCGCAUAUCCCAAACCCUUUUCUCAGUCCCCACAAAGCCAGUCGGAACUUCAAAAACUGGUUCCCAAGCCCAAACUCCAGGUGCCUCCACAGACCCCACCCAAACCUCAGUCCUUCCCUCAGACGCUGGUCAAAUCCCAGUCCCUGUCCCUGGACCACAGCGACGACUAUAACAGGUUCAGCGUCCAGUCCGGUGACCUGCAUUCACCCACAGAAUCCGGGAACCUGCUUUACGGCAUGUCCAGCAAACAGAUGUCCAUCAAGGAGAGAGUGGCACUGCUGAAGAAGAGCGGCGAGGAAGACUGGAAGAAUAGGAUCAACAAGAAAAAGGAAGCGGUGAAAGUGUCGCCCACAGAACUGCUGACUCAGCGAUGGGAGGCGGAGCAGACCCACCUGAAGAAGGAGGAAGCGGUGGUGGUCCCCGACUAUUCAUCUGUGUCAGAGCAGCUGUGGGAGCCUGUCUUCUCCUCCACUUUCUCUCCUCCUUUUUCCCUUGGCCAAAAGUGUCAGUGCAUUGACCCCCAGCACGCCCAGAGUCAGCAGGUGGGAGGGGAAAAGGAGGCCCAGAUGACCAUCGAGGAGAGGAAGCAGAUGAUCUCUAUCAGAGAGGAGGCCUGGAAGACGAAGGGGAAGGGAGCAGCCAACGACUCGGGCCAGUACACCGUGGCUGCACGCAUGGUCAAGAAAGGCCUGACUGCGUCCGCCUCCAUCAUCGGCCCCAUCCUGUCGCCAGUCGCCACCAAACUCAAGAGCGGCACGGCGGUCAUCGGCAAACCUGAAGAAGAAAUUGAAGCUCGAGCCGACAUGGAGUCUGACAAGAAACUUGACAAGUUGGAAACCUUCCUGGGACGUCUGAACAGCAAAGUGGCAGACCUGCAGGAGACCACCCUGACAGUCACAGAGAAGGCGGUGAAGGAAGUGAUGAAGCUGGAUGACGAGAUCUUUACCAAGUUCUAUCGCCACGUCACAGACUUCCCUCACAUCCCCACUAGGAUGGAGCUCAGCGAGGACUUUGACGCCAUAUUCGGUUCUCAGCAGAGUCCCAAGCUCACGUCGGCCAUGGUGCAGCACAAACGCUCGGUGCGUCCCUCCAGGAACGUGCAGGCCUCCAGGAACCCUGUGAAGAUGCUGGCCGCCCGGGAGGACAUCAGACACCAGUACACCGAGCAAAGGCUGAACGUGGGCCAGCUGGAGAGCAAGAGGAUGUCCGCCGAGAAUGUGACAAAAGCCUCAGAAUUGUCGGAGGCUGCCCGGGCCGGUCUGGCCAGUCAGGAGAAGUUGAGCAGUGUGAGUCUACGCAGCGUCAACAUCUCAGAGCAGGUGUCCAACAACAGUGCCGUGCCAUACAAGAAGAUCAUGCUGCUGCAGGUCAAAGGCCGUCGUCAUGUUCAGACCCGACUAGUCGAGCCAAGAGCUUCGUCACUGAACAGCGGGGAUUGUUUCCUGCUGGUGACGCCUGAGCUCUGCUUCGUGUGGAUGGGAGAGUUUUCCAAUGUCAUUGAGAGAGCAAAGGCAAUGGAUUUGGCCACUUUCAUCCAGACAAAAAAGGACCUCGGCUGCCGGGCCAGCAAGGUGCAGACCAUUGAGGAAGCGGUUCACCCACAGAGGCCGGAUGCCCACAUGUUUUGGACCAUUCUAGGAGGACAGACAGCCUAUCAACCUGCCGGUCUGCCAGAAGAGGACGAGCAUUUUGAGAAUGCCAUCGUGGAAACUAACUGCAUCUUUCGUCUGCUGGAUGACAAACUUGUCCCUGAUGAUGAAGAAUGGGGGAAGGUGCCUCGCUGCUGUCUUCUCUCAUCCAAAGAGGUGCUAGUGUUGGACUUUGGCAGUGAGGUGUACGUCUGGCACGGCAAAGAAGUGACGCUGGCACAGAGGAAGGUGGCCUUCCAGCUGGCCAAACACCUGUGGAACGCCACCUUUGACUACACCUGCUGUGACAUCAACCCGCUGGACCCGGGAAGCUGCAACACACUCAUUCCCAGGAGAGGCCAAGGCCGACCCGACUGGGCCAUAUUUGGCAGGCUGACAGAGCACAACGAGACCGUCUUGUUCAAAGAGAAGUUUGUGGACUGGACCGAAGUGAAACCUCCGUCGCCAACAGAAGGCAGCGAGCUUGUUCCGGAACAGCAGAAAGCCACAGCGCGAGAAUGCCGGCCGUACGACACCAACUUGAUGCUGCCGCUCCUCCAGUCGUCCGUGGCCAGCGUCCUGGACGGCGUCAACGUCGGCCGUGGACAUGGCUCAGUGGAGACGCAGGACCGCAUGAGGACUCAGGAGAUAAGCACCGUUUCCGUGGACGUGUGGCACAUCCUAGAGUUUGACUACAGCCGCAUACCACGCCAGAGCAUGGGACAGUUCCACGAGGGGGACGCAUACGUGGUCAAGUGGAAGUUCAUGAUUAGCACGUCCGUGGGACGCAGACACAACCCAGAGGUGAGGAGCACAGGACCUGGCAGGGAGCAGUGUUGUUAUUUUUUCUGGCAAGGCCGAUAUUCUACCAUCAGCGAAAAAGGAACGUCGGCGUUGAUGACGGUGGAGCUGGACCAAGAGAGAGGGGCUCAGGUCCAAGUGCAGCAGGGAAAAGAGCCUCCAUGUUUCCUGCAGUGCUUCAAUGGCGGCAUGAUCGUCCACGCCGGCAAGCGGGAAGAGGAGGAGGAGGAGAACAUCCAAAGUGAGUGGCGUCUGUACUGCGUGCGGGGGGAGAUGGCAGCCGAGGGCCACCUUGUGGAGGUGGCGUGUCACUGCAGCAGCCUGCGCUCACGAGCCUCCAUGAUCCUGCUGAGCGGCAACCAGGCUGUCAUCUACCUGUGGCACGGAUGCAAGACACAGCCGCACAGCCGCGCCGUGGCCAACAUGGCCGCCCUGAGGAUCAAAGAACGGUGUCCUCUGGAAGCUGGUCUUCACAGCAGCAGCAAUGUCAGCAUCCAUGAGUGCGAUGAGGGCGUGGAACCUCCGGGCUUCUGGGAGGCUCUGGGCCGCAAGGACAGGAAGGCCUAUGACUGCAUGCUGCAAGAUCCAGGCAAAUUUAACUUCACUCCAAGGCUCUUCCAGCUGAGCAGCACAUCGGGAGAGUUUGUGGCCACAGAGUUCUUCCACCCGUCCAGUGCUCCGGACCUGGUCAGCUCUCUGCCCUUCCUGCAAGAAGAACUGUACAACGCAGCACAACCAGCGUUGUUCCUGGUGGACAACUUCCAUGAAGUCUACCUGUGGCAGGGCUGGUGGCCUCAGGACAGUGAGACUCCCGGUUCGGCUGGCAUGCGCUGGGAUGCGGACAGGAAGUGUGCUAUGGAGACAGUCCUCCAGUACUGCCAAGAGAAGAGCGACAAGAAGCCUCAGAAGUCCUACCUGAUCCACGCCGGACUCGAGCCGCUCACCUUUACCAACAUGUUCCCCUGUUGGGAGCAUCGGGAGGAUGUCGCCGAGAUCACUGAGAGGGAGGCAGAGGUGUGCAACCACAUCAUCCUGGUGGAGGACGUCUUGGCCCGUCUUAAUCAGAACACCUUCCCUCUGGCCCAGAUGCGGGCCCGGCCGCUCCCGGAGGGCGUGGACCCGCUCCGGCUGGAGAUCUACCUGUCUGACCAGGACUUUGAGGAAGCUUUGGAGAUGAGGAGAGAGGACUAUGAACGUCUACCAGGGUGGAAACAGGUCAACUUAAAGAAAGUCAAAGGACUGUUUUAAGCAGGUUUGAUAUGAAGACAGAAAGAGAAUGUUUACAUGAAGACUGCAGACCUACUACUUCCUGGUCCGUGUCAGGACUUCCCCACAUGUUGGUCUCGAGACCAGAGAUGGGGACUCCAGUCUGCGACUUGGACUUGUUAAAUGUUAUCGCCAACAUUUGUUUCCUAGUUGUGUUAAAGACAGGGUUAGUGUUGGAGGCAGUACAAGACACUUGUGGAUGCCAAAGGAAAGCCUGCAUAAAAAGUAUUUUCAUGAGUGCAUACUUGCUGAGCGGACAAUAAAUAGCGGAUGACAGUGUAAGAGACUUGGACUGGUGUGCAAGUCCCUUCAGACCCUCCACGUGGUCUAUUGGGAGUUUCCUGUGAGCACCGAGCUCUCACGCCUCAGAGUGGUGAGACAUGGACGUCGUACGUGCGUGCAAAUCAACCCCUUUCAACAAAAUCAUGUCAUUGGCUGGCGACCUCGUCAUUUAAAGGCUUGGUGAAUCUGUAUAGUGCCUUUUUUUUUUUUUUUUUUUGCUUUUGUGUACAGUUUAUACAAGGAAAUUCUUAGUGUGUGUUUUCCAAGACUUUCUUUGGGAUAAAAAAAAUGACCGAGAGAAUCCAAAGUGAGUGCUGUUGUGUCUUCUGUUUCAUUCAUUAAAGCACUUUCAUCGACUUUUAA